CUCCCCUCCUCCCUUCCGCACGCAGAAUUAGCAUUUCCCCCCACUCGAAAUCUCUCCACCUCACCAAAACACCCCGAAUGGAAAGAAGCCGUGCCACGACGGAAGCUGCGGCCGAAGACCCCCGUCCGCUGUGGCCGAGCGUGGACUGAAGGAUGCGCGGCGGCGCGUCCGGAGAGCAGAGACCACGCAGCACGCCGCGGGUGGGAGAAGACACCCGUGUCCUCGCCUCGCGUCAUCAUCAAGCCGCUAUUGUCGUUACAGACGCGCACAAGGGACACAGAGUGGAAGCAGGGGGUGUAUGUGUGUGUGUGUGGGGAGGGAGGGGGGGGGGCGGAUUCGAGCCUUUCCCGACUGUGUUUCAAGAACAAUAAGCGGACCGUCGGUUCCCGUCAUCUAACGGGCCGAACAAAAAGACGAGAGGAUGAGUGAACAGAGUAUCUGCCAGGCGCGGGCCUCUGUGAUGGUCUAUGACGAUGCCAGUAAGAAGUGGGUGCCCAUCAAGCCGGGCCAGCAGGGCUUCAGCCGCAUCAACAUCUACCACAACACUGCCAACAACACCUUCAGAGUGGUGGGCGUCAAACUGCAGGACCAGCAGGUGGUGAUCAACUACUCCAUAGUGAAGGGACUGAAAUACAACCAGGCCACCCCGACCUUCCAUCAGUGGCGUGACGCCCGCCAGGUUUAUGGGCUGAACUUUGCCAGCAAGGAGGAGGCCACCACCUUCUCUAACGCCAUGCUGUUUGCCCUCAACGUCCUCAGCUCACCUGACGGUGGAGGUCCAGUCGUCCAGCGGCAGAAUGGACCCUCCUCCGAGGAAAGCGAGGCACAGAGGAGGAUGAUGGAGCAACAUCAGAUGCAGGCGCACAAGGAGAGGGAGCGGCGGACAUCAGGAUCAGUCGUUUCCACUCUCCAAUAUAAAGUGUCCACUCCUCCCACCCACCCAAACACCCCUCCUGAGUACAGACAGUACAGAGCUAGCACACUGCCACCCUCCUACGUCCGCGUGGCCUCCUCCUCUCCCCCGUCCUCUGCCUCGUCCUCUCCCUCUCAGGAGAAGGAGGUGGGGGCUGCUAGGGACAGGGCCCAGCUCUCCUCCCAGCUCUCCACCUCGCUCGCCUCGGCCUUUUCCCCAGUCCAGGCAGGAGUGACCACCCUGGGCCGACAGGUCCGUCAGAUACCCCUGUCUCCCCCCACAGCAGCCCGCCACCUGCACCACCAGCAGCAACAACAACAACAACAACAACAACAGCAACAGCAGCAGCAGCAACAAGACAUCUCGCUGCCCCCAAAACACGGCACCUGGUCCGCCUCCCAAUUGCAGCAAAUGUACGCCCAGUUGCCCCCGUCCGCCUCCCCUCCCGUUAUGAUGGCCAUGCCCGUGAAGCAGGGCUCGCCCCAGCAGCCCAGCCUCCCGUUGGCUCACCCCCUGCCGCCCCUGAGUACCAGAAUGAAGCCCCCGCCCCUUGACCCAAACGCCGCGAUGAGCCACCACGCGUACGCCCAGCAGCAGCAGCAGCAGCCCCGCCCCCACUCCAACGGCCAGCCGGACGGCACCUACUCCCCUCAUUCUCAGCACCUGCCACUCACCCCGCAGUACUGCGAGGCCGUCCCCCUGCCCCCCCUCACAGGUCAGGCAGCCCCAGGCCUCAGCCACCCGCCCCAGUACCCAUCCACCUUCCACCCUCAGCAGCAGCUGCAUCCGCAACAGCAGCAGCAGCAUCAACAGGUGUACCACCAGCAGGCCCAGCCCCCCGCCACCACUUCCUCCUCCUCCUCCUCCUCCUCACCCCCCUCUUACACUGCCAUGUCUGACGGGGGCUCGCCCAAGAAGACCCCCUCCCCCGUCCCCCAGCAGACCCCCAUGUUCAGCAGCAGCCCCCCUGUCUCUGCAGGUCACCCAUCUUUUUGUUCUGUGGCGCCUCCUCCAGCUGCAGUUCCAGCGCCCAUGGCUGGCCCUCCUGCCCCCCCGCCGCCACCGGGCCCACCGCCCCCGAUGGCGGUGCCCCCACCCAUGCCGCCUCCGCUGCCCACCGGUGGAGGGCCUCCUGGGGGCCCGCCCGGUGCCCAGCACCAACCAUCAGGACUGGCUGCAGCACUGGCUGGGGCCAAACUACGCAAAGUACAAAGGGAUGAGAGCAGUCCGCCCGGGUCCAGUGGCAAAAGUGACUCCAACCGGUCUAGUGGUGGCAGUGGAGGAGGUGGGGAGGGACUAAUGCAGGAGAUGAAUGCCUUACUAGCUCGCAGACGAAAAGCUUCAGAGAAACCUGACGAAGAUGACUCUAGUGGUAGAGGGCCCGGUCAGCAGAACUCAACAGACGCUUUGAAGAAGCCGUGGGAACGAUCCAACUCUACAGACAAGUCCUCGCUAGUCUCCAGAGUGAGACCUAUCGGCAGCACUAGUGAAUCAGACACAGAAUUCGACAGAAUGAAACAGGAAAUUUUGGAUGAAGUUGUACGUGAGUUGCAUAAAGUGAAAAAUGAGAUCAUUAACGCCAUCAGACAAGAAAUCGGCAGAAUCGGUACAUCCUAAUCUCAUGUGAGCGCCCGUAGGAGGAGAGCAACAGGAGGAUGGACAUGCGGAUGCACAGACACGAGGACCGGGGGAAUGUUCUCUCAAUGUUUCUGUGACCUCGCGAUGCCACGAUGCAAGUUGCAGAGAUGUUGUGCCAACAUUUGAGUCUGCUGGACAGCGAAAAUGGGGAGAAAGUGACGGAGAAGAGGGGUUAACAAGACAAGGGAAGCUCAAAGAAAAAUUGAAGGACUGAAAAACUCAAAGACGGGAGGAAAAGAGUGACUAAAAGAUGAAUUGAUGGAUGGAAGAGACAUUCGUGCUGAGUUUGGUGUUGUGUCCUCUCUGUGCACCCAUGGACUCAGUCAGCCCAGUGUCGCAGCUCUUUGUUCUCUGUUCAGUCUUAAGAAGAAUUUAUUUUUAUUUUCUAAGUUUUUAAUGUUUUAUUAUUUAAAAACUGUGGUGAUAAUGAUGAUGCCGUUGAUGACAAUGAGUAUUUUAUUUAUAUUAUAGGUGAAAGGAACCUUGCACACCAUUUGUCAGCCUUUUUUAUGUUCUAUUAUUGGUUUGUUUAGUUAUCCCUAACUAUUUCAUUAUCACAAGCACAAAAGGGCAUAGUGGUGCUGCAGACUGGCAUAUUAAAAAAAAAAAAAAAAACUUUAAAAAAAGGCUUUUUAUGCCCUUGUUCAUUCUGGUGUU